AUGGGUCGUCGUAGUGGUCGUAGUGCCUCUCCUCGUUCCAGCGGACCUGUUCGUCGGGCUCCGUCGUCUCCAAUGCGUACUACUACUCCGGCAACUGUUCCACCUCCUGCUCCUCAGCAACGCCAACCUGGGCUUUUAGGGCAAAUGGCUGCGACUGCUGGUGGGGUUGCUAUUGGAUCGGCUGUGGGUCAUGCUGUUGGCAAUAUGUUCUCUGGUGGUCGUUCUGCUGAACAGGAGCAGCAGCCAAUGUACAACGAGCAACAGAGUGGUGGACAGAAGCAAUACUCUAAUGACUGUGAAGUUGAGUGGCGUCAAUUCUUGGACUGCACUGAGCGCCAAAAUGACGUUAGUUUCUGUCAAUCUUUCAAUGAUUUGCUCAAGGAUUGCAAGGCUCGUAUGCAAGGCGAUACUCGUUUGAUGAAGCAGACGUUUACUUAA